AAAAUUUAGUUACAUAGAUCAACAUGUUUACUAUAAUAGGAGAAUGGGAUUAUUAAAGUUCAUAUGUAUAAUCGACAGGCCUAAAAACUAUGCAUUAUAAAUACUUACAGAGCAGCAAAUUUGCCAUAUGAUCAAGGAAAGCUAAAGAAACCGAUUACGAUUUUGUUUUCACGAGUUUCCUAAGUGGUUACAAUAACUAGAACGAUAUUAACAACUACAAUGAGUAAAGAAGUCAACUCUGAAGAAAUAAAAAAGGAAAUUAUUUUUAAAGAAUACUUCGGCAAAGAUGGAGAACCUAUGCCUGUCUAUCAAUAUAAAGGACACAAUAUUGUGUAUUUAGAAAUAGCAGCGUCAGCUUUAUCGCAACAACAUAUGGUGAAAAUUCGACCUGAUGAUAUGUUGAUGCUUUCCUAUCCUGCAGCCGGGUCCCAUUGGAUGUUUGAAAUCGUUAAUAUGAUAUCGACAGGAAACACUGAAAACGUUUCUUUGCUAAAAGAAGACUUACUGCUAGAUUGGUCACCAUUUGAAAAGCUGGAUUCCUUUGAAUCCCCUCGACUCUUGAACUCUCACUACACUCCUGAACUUCUGCCUGCAGAAUUGCUAAAGGAUCAUAAAAUUAUCUUCCUCAACCGCAAUCCGAAAGCUAUGCUGGUGUCGUUCUACAGACAUAUUUUAGACGUUAAUUUGUUGGACUACAAAGGAGAUUUACCAAGCUAUUUUGACCUUUGGAUGCAAGGAGAUGUUCCUUAUGGUGAUUACUUUAAAUAUGUUCAGGAAAUUUAUGCUCUAUGUAAAGAUAACCCAAAUGCACUUAUCGUAACUUAUGAAGAAAUGAAAGCGGAUAUAUCCAAGGCAGUGUCCCGUGUUGCUAAGUUCUUGGGGAAAACAAUUCCUGAACAACUUACGAAGAAUAUUGUUGAUAAAUGCUCGUUUGAUAAAAUGAAAUCCGAGAAAAAUCUUGUUAGUUCGUAUUUACCCCAAGAUACAUUUGUCGGUGGCGGUUCUAUCUACCAUACUGGUAAAGUAGACACAUGGAAAAAAUGGUUAACAGUGGAACAAAGUGAAAGAAUGGAUGCAAGGAUCCAAUCAGAAUUCAUCAAUCAAGGAAUCAUUUUUAAUUUUUGAUUCAUUCAAUUACGUAAGAAAUUUUCAAGUCAAUUAAAAACAUGCAAAAACGUAUAUUGUCAGUACAUGCUUCUUUCUUGGCUCAACGAUAAUUUUUAAAUCUACGUUUUGAUAUUGUAAUCAUGACUCAAUAAAUUUGUGUGAAACAAAAUGCACAUUUA